AUGGGGAUUUUGGAAUUUAGGGGUGACUGGGAUCUCAAGGGGGUUGGAACUUGGGGAUCUUGGAAUUUUGGGAACUCUGGAAGCUUUAGGAUCUUGGAAUCAGAGGGAUCUUUAGAUCUCGAGUACUCUGAAGCCUGUCCUAAGGAUUCUGAGAUAUCGGGGAUCUUGGGACCUAAGGAUUCUGAGAUCUUGGGACAUAGGGAUUUUGAGAUAUCAGGAACCUUGGGUCCUAAGGAUUCUGAAAUACCAGGGACUUUGGGACCCAGGACUUUUGAGAUAUCUGAGGCCUUGGGUCCCAAGGAUUCUGAGAUAUCAAGGACCUUGGGUCCUAAAGAUUCUGAAAUACCAGGGACUUUGGGACCCAGGACUUUUGAGAUAUCUGAGGCCUUGGGUCCCAAGGAUUCUGAGAUAUCAAGGACCUUGGGUCCUAAAGAUUCUGAGAUAUCUGAGGCUUUGGGACCUAGGAAUUCUGAGAUAUCAAGGACCCUGAGUCCUAAAGAUUCUGAGAUAUUUGAGGCUUUCGGACCUAAGGAUUCUGAGACAUCUGAGGCUUUGGGACCUAAGGAUUCUGAGAUAUCAGGGUCCUUGGGACUUAAGGAAUCCAAGAUCUCAAAGCCCUUAGAAAUCUGA